AUGCCACCAGAAGUAUACCAUUCUCAUUCUCUCAACACCCCAAACACUCCAUUACUGCCGCGAGUCGCACCAAAGUCACGUUUUAAGCAGAUUCUGCAUCGGAAGUACUGUCAGGGGGAAGGAGGGAGGAUGAAGUUCACAAAGAGGAAGCUCGUCCCGGUUCUUGUUUUCAUUUUAUGCGGUGCUUCCAUUUUCAGAUUUCUCAAUAUUAGUAUGGUUACUAGUUCAUUUAUGUCCCUGUCUCCAGCUGCUUUGCCUCCAAUCCAUGAACGUGAAUGCUCCUCUGCCUCGUCAGUUUGCGGGCAUAAUAUCUCUCAUCCACGACCUCUGUCCAAAGGCAGGUCGAUGUCUGAGAAUGCCAGCAGUCUAACGGAGAAGGAGAUGCGAUUUCUCUUGGAAUUCUUGUCACACAGAGUCCCAUGCAAUCUACUUGUUUUUGGACUUGAAUACCAAUAUUCGAAUAUAGCAUCCAUGAACGCUGGAGGUGUCACCAUCUUUCUUGAGGAGAGUUCCCAGAAAUCUAGUGUAAUAAAGUCCAGGAACAAUACACAAGUUCACAAGAUCACGUACAGCACACUAGCAUCAGAAGCUUAUAAACUGCUCAAAGAUGCAAGAGAAAAUCCCGACUGUUUGCCAAAGAUUUACUUUCCUAAAGCGUCAAAGUGCAAUCUGGGAUUGUCAAAUCUCCCACAUGAAGUGUAUGAUACUAUGUGGGAUGUGGUGAUAGUGGACGGGCCGAGGGGUGAUAGACCUGACUCCCCUGGUAGAAUGGCUUCCAUCUACACAGCUAGCAUACUAGCAAGACGAGGAAACACGACACAUGUUGUAGUCCAUGAUGUUGAUCGAAUGAUUGAAAAGUGGUUCUCACAGGAGUUCUUGUGUGAAGAAAACUUGGUUUCAUCCAAGGGCAGGUUCCAGGAUUUUCAAAUACCAGGAGUGACUAAUGCAACUACAUUUUGUGCACCGUAA